AUGGUUGACACAAAUCAACCUCAAGACGAAGCCGCUACUAGGCCUAGGAGCGCUUCACAGUCUACUGCAACAAGGCAAAGAUCCUCUUCUACCACCAAUCCCCAAACUCCUACCAACCGAGAAGACGACACAGACGUUCCUCAUACCCCAGCCGCCCAACGCAAUCAACAACAUCAUCCUUCAAGUACUCAUUCCUCUACCUCACGACAACAGACAUCCUACUAUCCUCACAAUGUAAAUCAACAUAGCCGCGGUUUCGAUCAAUCGGGGUUUCCGCUUUCUAAUGACCCUCGAGUGGUCGUCGCUUCAUCACCCCCAGGCUCCCCUCGACUACAGCCAACCUACCGUUCCACCAGAUCUCUCGGAGGCUCAGAGGCCACUUCUCCUAGUAGGAUAAAGAUCCGGGACCUGUCACACAUUCGCAGUUUUGCAAGUGAGGAAUAUCUGGCACGACCGAGAUUACCUUCCAGACAACCUAGUGGGUUUUCGGAUACCGGAAGGCAAUAUGAAAUCAGUUCCAUGCCAGUCACGGAUAUCAUUGAGAUGGUUGCAGGCCUUCUUACCAAGAUUACCACCACGAACGACCGUCAGCAUGAACAUCAUCGACCCGUCGCUUUGACCGAAGAACAGAGCCACCUCAAUCCACAAGCCAACUGCGUACUCGCUUUUCAUGGCAAGAAUGUGCCAGGCAUCACAAUUCUGAGUUACUUGAGCCGGAUACAUAAGUACUGUCCGACCACUUACGAGGUUUUCCUGAGCCUAUUGGUUUAUUUCGAUCGAAUGACAGAGGCUGUGAAUCGAAGGCUGUAUGGCAACGCGACUGGGGGCCCUGGUGAUUCUCCAGCAACUGCUCCAGAAUCAUCAACACCGAAUGCACGAUCUCCAUUACCCAUGAAUGUGGAUAGUCCUCAACAGCACACCGAUGUCACCACUCCCCCUGCCUCGGCGCCGAAUGCUUCACCUGAACAUCGUGCUAUUACGAGAGAACCAUCAUUUGCACGUUCAGGAAAUCCACAAGAUUUGUCUCAGUUUUUCGUGGUUGACAGUUAUAACAUUCAUCGACUUGUCAUUGCCGGCGUUACUUGUGCUAGUAAAUUCUUCUCCGAUGUCUUCUACACGAAUUCCAGAUAUGCAAAGGUUGGCGGUCUUCCUCUCGUGGAGCUCAAUAAUCUCGAACUUCAGUUCCUCAUCCUUAACGACUUUAGACUUUCGGUACCAGUGGAGGAACUCGAGGCAUAUGGUACAAUGCUGGUGGAAUUCUAUGCUCGAGAACUGGUUGCACAACAACAAGCAGCGCAUGCUGCGACUUCACCAACCUCUACAGAUGGAAUGUAUAUGAGAUCGGGUCGACCAACUCCAGGACAACCCUCAGCUCCACCGACAUGA